AUGUGUGUUUUCUCCCCUGUUCACUGGAUUCCAAAUCGUCCACUGACCUCCAUCUCCAUCGCAGUGACUGUCAAGAACACGAACCAGACUCGGUCGCGGACGAUCCGCGGCGGGUUCUUUGUGCAGACGCAGUCGGCCGACCAGGCGCGCACCAACGGCUCCAACUUCUCAUCGGUGGUGGACGGGCGCAACUUCUCCGUCACGGACGUGCAGGACGUCACCGUCAUCACCCAGAACUCCAGCAACCUCACCAGAGACGGUUCGGUCCAAGGUGGACAGAUAGGAACUGCAGACCUCACCUCUCAAAAACUAGUACAGAAAGAACGUAGCGAACAGGAUCUGAAGACCAGCGAGCAACACAACAUCAAAGCUGGACGGAACGAGAUCUCUGUCAACUCUGUGAAGGACAGCAACCUGACGAUGGACGAGGAGCUGCGAGAUCAGCUCACUGUCGACGGCUACAAGAAACAAUACGGUAACGUGCAGACGCCGGCUGUGCUUUUUAUUUCGGUCACACGUAUUCCUGGUUGUUUUUAUUGA